AAACGCAGGGAGUGCCGAAAGGAACAAGGCCGUCUCCUCCACCACUCAUGGAAUAAGCAGCCCAAUCGUGUGUCCACCCUUCUUUUAUGAUUGACACCUUUGCAACCAAUCAAUGAGUCAAGUAGGCAUGCCUCGUGGUAUGGAUUAAGCAUGCUGCUCCCGGUUUUAAGUUGCUCGGCGGCCGCCGCCUGGCCUCGUCUUUAAAGGUCCUGCGGAGCUUCCUGUAGCCAUUUCGUUGAUUCUUGAAAGAUGUGCUGUGAAACAAAUAGGAGGUUUUUGCUGCUGUAUGCAAGCCAGAAGGGCCAGGCAAAAGCCAUAACUGAGGAAAUAUGCCAGCAGGCAAAGGAGCGUGGAUUUAAAGUUGAUUUUCACUGCAUCAGUGAGUCAGACAAGUAUAACUUGGACAGUGAAAAGGACCCUGUAGUUAUUGUUGUUUCCACUACGGGUACAGGAGAACCACCAGAUACUGCCGUCAAAUUUGUUAAGAAAAUUCAGAACAAAGCCCUGCCAUCAAACUACUUUUCCCAUUUGCGAUAUGGAUUGUUAGGUCUGGGUGACUCUGAAUACACGUUCUUCUGCAAUGGUGGGAAGAUAAUAGACAAACGAUUUCAGGAACUUGGAGCGCAGCGCUUUUAUGAGAUGGGACUAGCUGAUGAUUCUGUUGGUUUGGAACUGGUGGUUGAUCCAUGGAUUGCUGGACUUUGGGUUGCCCUGAACCAAGAAUUUGUAUCAAGAAAAAAAGAUACAAACCACAAUGGCAAUUGUGCAUCUUUUUGUGCCAGCACAGUUUCUAACUCAAGCAUAGACUCCAGAAUAGAGUAUUUGAAGCUAGAAGAUCCAGAACUGAAAAAUGGUGUAAUAUCAACAAAUGAAGCAUGUGUUAACUCAGUACCUCACUUUCAAGAUUCUCAGCCUUCACUUUCUCAAUCAGUACCUCCCCUUUCACAGUCUACUCUCAAUGUUCCUUCUUUGCCACCUGAAUAUCUAAAUGUUCAUUUUGAAGAAUGUUCUGACCAGGAGGCCAGUCUGCCUUUGAUUUCAGAGAACUCCAGUUUCCAGGUUCCUGUCACCAAGGCUGUUCAACUUACUAAAGAUGAUGCAGUAAAAACAACUUUGCUUCUAGAGCUUGAUAUAUCAAAAAUAUUAUUUAACUACCAGCCUGGAGAUGCCUUUAAUGUAAUUUGCCCCAAUUAUGCCAGUGAGGUGGAAGAACUUCUUCAUGUCUUGGGACUGUCAGAGAUGAAAGAUUACUUGGUUCGCUUGACAGUUAAGACAGGCACUAAAAAGAGAGGAGCAGCAGUGCCACUGUAUAUACCUGAAAAAAGUCCUGUGAGGUUCGUUUUGACAUGGUGUCUGGAAAUAAGAGCAAUUCCCAAAAAGGCAUUUUUGCGUUCUCUGGUCGAAUAUACCACUGAUGUUGGAGAGAAAAGGAGGCUUCAGGAGCUGUGCAGCAAACAAGGAUCCUCCGAUUAUAAUACUUUCCUAAGGGAUGCUAAUGUCUGCUUGUUGGAUUUACUUCAUACUUUCCCAACCUGCAAGCCUCCACUUAGCCUUCUGAUUGAACAUCUUCCUAAAUUGCAAGCCAGACCCUACUCAGCUGCCAGCUCCAGUUUAUUUCAGCCUGGAAAGAUGAGUUUCAUCUUUAAUAUUCUGGAGUUUCCAUCCCAUCUAGGUCAACUACGAAGAGGAGUCUGUACUGGCUGGCUGGCUAAGCUGGUUGCUCCAAUCCUUAACUUGAAGGGUGAUGGAUCUUUCAUUCCAAAGAUCUCCAUAUCUUCUCGUCUGGUCAACAGUUUUCACUUACCAGACAAUCCAUCUGUUCCUUUCAUGAUGGUGGGUCCAGGAACUGGAGUUGCGCCAUUUAUUGGCUUCCUGCAACAAAGACAGAAGCUCAGAGAAGAUCACAAGGACUGGACAUUUGGAGAGACGUGGUUAUUUUUUGGCUGCCGUCAUAAGGCCAAAGAUUACUUGUUUCAAGAUGAGCUCAGAUGUUUUGUUGAAAAUGGCACAUUAACUCAUCUGAAGGUUUGUUUCUCAAGAGAUUCUACAGCUAUAGAAGAAACUGCCACUCCUAAAUAUGUUCAAGAUGACCUUCGGCUUUGUUCUAAAGAGAUUACCAGGAUUCUGCUGCAGGAAAAAGGAUUUUUUUACGUCUGUGGAGAUGCAAAGAAUAUGGCUAAAAAUGUGAAUGAUACUUUAGUGGAUAUCUUUGUUGCUGAGAGAGGAGCUGAUAAAUUGGAAGCACUGAAAAUACUGGCUACAUUAAGAGAUGAAAAGAGGUAUCUGCAGGACAUUUGGACCUAAGAACUGGCCAUUCUCAGUUACACAGUGGUUUGGCAUUGUUGUUCUGUGGGAGGAGCUGCCUUCUCUUCAUCAGUUAAGAGGAGCCUCUUAAUUUACACUCUGGUAAUUGAGUUCUUCUCCUGUUUCUCUUAUUUGCACAAUAAACAAUCACUGAUUUCAGAGA